CUCUUGCUAGCGGCUGAAUGAGCUCCAGCAACCAAGGCUCGCGACUCGACGCGGUCGCGUCGGACGCGCGGCGCGCCGCCCUGACCAUGGGUGGGCUCGACGCGGCGGCGCGUGACACGGCGCUCGCUGCCGUCCGAAAGCAGCUCGAGAACCAGCGCGCCGUCAUCGAGGCCGCGAACGCGCUCGACAUCGCGGCGGCCACAAAGGCGCAGUUAGACGCGCCGCUGCUGCGCCGGCUGGAGGUGCGCGGCAAGAAGUUUGACGCGAUGCUUGCGAAGCUCGACGAGGUGCGCGCCGUCGCCGACCCGGUCGGUGCGGUGCAACUCGCGACGCGGCUCGACGACGGCCUCGACCUCUACCGGGUGGCGUGCCCGAUCGGCGUGGUGGCCGUCAUCUUCGAGUCGCGCCCGGACGCGGCGGUCCAGAUCUCGGCGCUCGCGAUCAAGUCGGCGAACGCGCUCAUCCUCAAGGGCGGCAAGGAGGCGGCCCACACCAACGCCGCGAUAGUGUCCGCCAUCCAAGCCGGCCUGGCCGCUGCCGAGGCCGAGUCGGGUCGCUCCGCCGAGGCGGACGGCGGAGGCGCGGUGCCGAGCGCGGCGGUGCAGCUCGUCGCCUCGCGUGACGAGGUCUCUGCGCUGCUCGGGAUGCACGGCAAGGUCGACCUCAUCGUGCCUCGCGGCUCGAACGCUCUCGUGUCACACAUCAUCAACAACACGAGGAUCCCGGUCCUCGGCCACGCCGACGGCAUCUGCGCCGUCUACCUCGACGCUACCGCAGACGAGGCGACUGCGCGGCGCGUCGUGCUCGACGCCAAGACGGACUACCCCGUCGCGUGCAACGCGGCAGAGACGCUGCUGCUGCACGCCUCGCUCCUCUCCUCGCCCACGUGGAGGGGGGUGGCGCAGGAGCUGAUCGCCGCAGGCGUCACCCUCAAGUGCGACACGAGGUCGAGCGAGGCUCUCGCCGCUGCGGGGCUGCCGGCGGGCGGAGUCGUCAGAGCGAGCGAGGCGGACUACCGCACCGAGUUUGGAGGCCUCACCAUGGCGGUCAAGGUCGUGGCGGACGUGGUCGAGGCCGUCGGACACAUCAACUCGCACUCGUCGCACCACACCGACGCCAUCGUCACCGCCGACCCGGCCUCCGUACGGUUCUUCACCCAGUUUGUCGACUCGGCAGGGGUCUUUGUCAACGCCUGCUCGGCGGGGGCCACGUCGCCGCAGACUACAGCGCCGGACGCGCGCACUUCCGCCACACGCCGCUCCCGCGCGCGCUGCCGCCGCCGCUCGCCGCCUCGGGGCCCCCGCCCUCGGACAAGGGAGGGGCCGCGCUGCGAGCGCCGCUCCUCGCGGCGGCGGCCGCGUGCGGCUUCGCGUGCGGCGUCCUCGCCGCGCGCGCCGCCGCCCGCUGAUGGGAAGUGCUAGGGCGGAGGAGCGGCGGCGUGCCGCGCCAGGGACGCGGGCGCGGGUAGGCUCGCCAGGUCUGCUCGGAGCCAUGGUGACCAUCGGAUCUCGAGUGCAUCGGAUGAUGGUUCCGAGCAAACUGUCGCACCGAGAGGCUACAGCAGAGCCGUAGUCUCCCACAGAGGGGUGCGCGUGCCCCGCGUGGCCUCACAAAGCAUGGGGGGAGAGACCCAACAACGUGCACUAUAGACCGCGGGCGACAACGUGAUGCGGUUUUUGCGCCAUAUCAAUAACGAUUAAGAUUUUGAA